AUGCUCGGGGGUGGCAAGAGGCGCAGAGUGGCAAGCACGUGGAGAGGCCUUAUUGGCCGAGCCGAGCCGAGCCGUGCCGUGCCACGUCGAGCCGUGCCGUGCCAUGCCAAGCCGAGCCGAGCCGAGCCGAGCCGAGCCGAGCCGAGCAGCCCCGCUGCGCUUUGCCCUCGGCGGAGCGGCACGGCACGGCACGGAACAGCCUCCGCCUCCCGUGGGGACGUGGGACGGCCUCCUCCUCACUUCUUCUAUCCCAAAGCUGCGUGGGCCGUCUGCGGAGCGCGUCGGGCCUCUGCCGGUUGUCGUUCUCAUCAGUUCCGCGCGUACCCUCGGCGUUCGCUUGUUUGUUCGGGGUGGGGGUUUUGGGAGCCCCGCGGUCGGGGACUUCGGCGGUGCCACAGUCCAAACGGUCCCGGCGGUGCCCCCCGGCCGCCCCUCUCCCCGCCCCGCCGCCCAGCUCCGUGGCUCAGGGCAGAACCCGCACACACCCCUCCCGUGCCCUCCGUUCGGCUGCGAACUUUCCGCCGGGGUGAGUUCUCCUUUAAGAAAAGGCACGGCUCCUUCUGCAUAUUGAACGCUGUUCGUCUGCAGCGCGCAGAUGACGCGGGGCCGGAGCGGGACGGCUGGGGCGUAAAUCACCGCUCUCUGCAAUGGCCCCAGCGGGGAACCCCGUGCCAUCGCCCCAUCUGCCUCCAGCCCAGAAAGGACCAGGCGGCCCUCCACAUUCGAAGCGAGGGCUUUGGUACCAAACCAGCCCCCCAACCCUCUUCCCCACGCACACGCACGCAUUUAGAGGACGGAUCCGGCUGCGCCCAGGACCGCUGCGUGCCCCUCCAGGGGCCUCCGUCCGCCUCGGGCUGUGCCACCGCAUCACCUCCAUCCCCUGAAGGUUCCCCGGACCGGAACCUACUCCCACCCGAACCCAACGCGGACAAAAGCAGCAGCCCCUCUGCGCGGCUCCACGGGGAAACCCCCCUCCCCACGCAGGGGCAAAGAGGAGACCCCACGCACUCUCUCAGCUCCACGCAGCCCCUCGGCCGCCCCACGCCGCGCUCAUAGCGCCUGAGACGGGUAGUGGUGGUGGUGGGGGGUGAUCGCCUCCCAGUUGCCCCCAGCCCCGUGGAGGGCCCCCUGGGGUAGUGGCAGCAGCGAGAAGCGCGGGGAGCACCAGGAAGGGACGGAGCCGUCCGCUGCUCCGUGCGGAGCGGGGGGAGGCUGUCCUCUUGGCUUUGGGGUUUGUUUUCCAGUGGAUUCGGGACAAUGGCCGGAGAGUAUCACUCGUUCCCGUGGGCAGUGCCUCCCUGUAUGGCGCGAGGAUGCAGUUGGGGGCCGAGGAACAAAGCGUAUUAAGGUAACGGGUCCCCUCCCUUUGUUUAUGCCAUUGUUCGCGACGGGACUCCGUCCGGCCCCGCUGCGAGGCGUUAGCACGGACCUGGCCGAGGAGCAGCACCAUGGGAGAACCCAAAGCAAGCCCACCGCCACCGCAACAAGGAAAGCACCGAGCCCAAGGGCUGCAGGGUACGAUCUGCCUCCUCGGGGCUGCCGUCCCCAGAUAUCCACCUGCCGUCCUGGCGUCAACCACCUCCGCAUCCAUCGCCACCAUCUCGGGGAGACGCCGGCCCUCAGCCCGGCAUCAGAAAGAAGGGAAAGAGCGUUGCAUUCACACGCACGCUGCUUGAGCGUGGCAGAGCUCUCACCAUCUUCACAACAACAACAGCAACAACAACAACAAAAAAACCCUAACCAAAUAAUUCUCUUAAUUACAAUAACCUAACGGUAGCAGAAACCUGA